AUGAUGGGUUCAUUGGAUGAACAUAAGGAAUUUCCACAUUAUUUUGCAUUUAGUGUGGAGAUGAGGAUAAAGCCAAGGCGCAUGAAGGUUGUAAAAUGUGGAAUUGUGAGGCCACAACCACCCCUAUCUCUUUCUCCAAAUAUCCUCUCUGACGAUGGCAAUGAGUGCAGCCGUAGAGACGAGGAUGAGUGUCGUGCACAGAGCAACUCGAGCGAGGAGAGGCAUCACCUCUCACCGCCACAACCCAUUAACUGGUCUCAACAACCGCCACAGCCACCGUCUUCGUUACCACCAACACAAACAUCAAAUCCAACAUCAACCAUCUUCAUUACAAAGAGUGAUAUUCGCGAUCUGCAGCACACAGAGGUGAUGCCUCUCCUCGCUCGAGUUGCUCUGUGCGCGACAUCAUCCUCGUCUCUACGGCUGCACUCAUCGCCAUCGUCAGAGAGGAUAUUUGGAGAAAGAGAUGGGGGUGGCUCUGGCCUCUGGCUGUAUUGA